GUUUGGGUACAAAACAGAAACCUACAUCAAGCGUGUAAGUCGAAAAACUAAAAUUUGAGAAGAAAAUAUUAGUUGCUUCCGGUUCCGGGUAUUAUGUUAACUUAUACAAAAAUUAUCAGCGGGCUCAUUUUCCUUCAGAUUGCUCUCGCUUAUUCAACUUUUAAACAAAUUUCACCAUCGGCUAGAGCCCUUCGUUUAGCCUUUGAUCCAGCAUGUAGUGGCAAGGAGCCAGGAAAGUUCGUAAGAGACCCAUAUUCUUGUGAUAAAUUCUACUAUUGUGGUCCUGAUGAAACAGCUGUUGUUGUGGAUUGCCCCCAUGGGAUGAUCUUCAAUGAUGAAAAGGAGAUAUGUGACUUACCAACGAAUUAUCUUUGUGUUCCCCGAAUAAAUGGGGAGGAAGAUGGUGUUUCAACGAUAUCUACUUCUACUCGGAUUGAAAACGAAGAAAGUUCUUCAACAUCAACAAAUUCUGAAACCAUAACCAAUCCUUCAACAGCGUCAAAUGCAUUAACUAAGCUGCCAACCAUGAAGACAACAACACCAGCAACGAGAACAUCAACUUCAGCGCCAACGACGGCGGUAGUAGGAGGUGCAAUCCGUUGCCCUCUUAAUGACGCUAAAAUGUUGACAUUUCUUCGACAUCCAUUCGAAUGUCAUCGCUAUUACAUUUGUUAUCAUGGAGUUCCAGUCGCCCAAGAGUGUAUAUCUGAACUUCACUGGAAUGCCAAAACGAAUCGCUGUGAUUUUCCUGAAAAUUCAGGGUGCAUUAAUCCCACAGUUGUUCCAUUUCCAUCGACUAAACCUUCCACGUUUACUACGGGAAUGAUGAUAACUUGUCCUUUUCGAGGGGAACAAAUAUAUGCGCAUCCGGUGAAUUGUAAUUAUUUUAUUUAUUGUAUCAAUGGUUACGCAACAGUGCAACAAUGCCCGUUUUACCAUCAUUUUGAUGUUCGAUCGAGGAGGUGUUUAUGGCAAACUGUGGCUACGUGCGUGAUCAAGAAGAAUUAUUCUUAAAUUUGUGAUUGA